ACUGAGCGCGGGAGCGGGGGGUGGCAGGGAGCAGACACAGGGGACUUGGGUGAGUGGAUUCUGCACAGCAGGGCCAAGCAUGACGAGCGGCCACAGCUCCCCUCCUCUCGAUGUCCUGGCCACCAACGGCACCGAGCUGACCAUCGUCCCUGAGACCACGAAGGCCAUGUUGGGAACCAGCACCUCCUCCGGGCCCCAGGCCAAAAGCAUCACUGGGGUACUCGUGGAGGCCUCCAGCCAGGCCCAGAGUCUCUACGCUGCCAUGAAGCAGGGCCUCCUGUCCAGUGAGCUCGGGCUGGCUCUGCUGGAGGCCCAGGCCGCCACUGGGGGCCUCGUGGACCCCACCCGGGGCGACUUACUCUCUGUGUCUGAGGCCGUGCGGCAGGGCCUGGUAGGCCUGGGGCUGAAGGAAAGGCUUCUGGCUGCUGAGCAGGCAGUCACUGGGUACCCCGAUCCCUAUGGUGGCGGGAAGCUGGCCCUCUUCCAGGCCAUCGGGAAGGAGGUGAUAGGGCGAGCUCAGGGGUACAGCUGGUUGGAGGCCCAGCUGGCCACCGGGGGCCUGGUGGACCCCAUUCGGGGUGGGCGAGUGGCCCCAGAGCUGGCCUGCCAGCAGGGCCUCCUGGACCAGGAGACGUGGCGUGUUCUGGCAGAGCGCAAGCCGAGUUCCAGCAGCCCUGGCUUCCAGGACCCCAACACGGGAGAGUGCCUGUCCUACAGCGGUCUGCUGGGCAGGUGUGUGAGAGCCCCUGGCACUGGGCUGGCCGUCCUGCCCCUCAGAACCACGUUCCACACCCUGUGUGGGACAGUGAGCUUGGCAGAGCUGCAGGAGGUGGGCAUCCUGGAUGGGGAGACCGCCCGGGGCCUUCGGGAGGGCAAGCUGUCCGUGUCGGACGUGAGCGCCCGGGCCGCUGUGAGGCGUUACCUGCAGGGCACGGGCAGUGUGGCCGGGGUUGUCCUGCUGCCCGCUGGCCGCAAGAAGAGCUUCUUCCAGGCUGUCACCGAGCACCUGCUCCCAAUGGCCACGGCGCUCCCGCUCUUGGAGGCUCAGGCCGCCACCUGCACACUGGUGGACCCAGGCACUGGCCAGCGGCUGCAGGUGGAUGAGGCCGUCAGGUCUGGCCUCCUCGGCCCUGAGCUCCAUGGGCAGCUCCUGAUGGCCGAGCAGGCGGUGACGGGCUACCACGACCCCUUCAGCGGCACGCGGGUCCCCCUCUUCCAGGCCAUGAAAAAGGAGCUGGUGGACAGGUCCCUGGCGCUGCGACUCCUGGAUGCCCAGCUGGCCACGGGGGGGCUCGUGUGUCCAGCCCGCAGGCUCCGGCUGCCCCUGGAGGGCGCCCUGCGCUUCGGAUGCCUGGACGAAGAAACACAGCGUUGUGUCUCCCGGGCCACUGGCUUCUCGGACCCCAGCACACAGGAGAGCCUUGGCUAUGGGCAGCUGAUGGCCCGCUGUGUCACCGACCCAGAGACAGGGCUGGCCUUCCUUCCACUCUCAAAUGGCAGCCUUGGAGGGGAGCCACAAGGACUCCCGUUCAUUGACCACAGCACCCGGCGGGCCUUAAGUGAGGCCACAACCACCGUCUCCGUGGGCCAGUUCCAGGGCCAGCCCGUGUCUCUGUGGGAGCUGCUCUUCUCCGAGCCCAUCCCCGCAGAGCAGAGGGCAGCCCUGGCCCAGCGGCACCAGGAGGGCGCCAUCUCGGCGGAGGAACUGGCAGCGGCGCUGAGGGCCAUCCUUGAACACGCUGCGGCCACGGCCAAGACCACCUUUGCUGGACUGAGGGGGCCCGUGAUGCCCGCUGAGCUGCUAGAAGCAGGGAUCAUCGAGCAGGACAUGUACGAGCGUCUGGAGCGAGGCCAGACCACAGCCCGGGAAGUGGGCAGGCUGGACCCUGUGCAGAAAUACCUGGAAGGGACCGGGUGCGUUGCUGGCCUGCUGCUGCCCAGCUCCCAGGAGCGGCUCAGCAUCUAUGAGGCUCGCGGGAGGGGGCUUCUCAGGCAUGGCACGGCCCUCAUCCUCCUGGAGGCGCAGGCAGCCACGGGCUUCAUCCUUGACCCGAAGGAGAACAAGAGAUACUCCGUGGAGGAGGCCCUGAGGGCCGGCCUCAUCGGGCCCGACGUGUUUGCAAAGCUGCUGUCGGCGGAGCGCGCCGUCACCGGCUACACGGACCCCUACACGGGGGAGCAGAUCUCCCUCUUCCAGGCCAUGCAGAAGGACCUGAUCGUCCGCGACCACGGCCUCCGCCUGCUGGAGGCGCAGAUCGCCACGGGCGGCAUCAUCGACCCCGUGCACAGCCACCGGCUGCCCGUGGACGUGGCCUACCGGCGCGGCUACUUCGACGAGGACAUGAACCGCGUCCUGGCGGACCCGAGCGACGACACCAAGGGCUUCUUCGACCCCAACACGCACGAGAACCUGACGUACGUGCAGCUGCUGGAGCGCUGCGUGCUCGACCCCGACACGGGGCUGCGCCUCCUGCCGCUGACCCGCCGGCAGCCGCAGCUGGUGGACGGCACCACCCGGCAGGCCUUCCAGAGCCUGCUGCUGUCCGUGAGGUGCGGGCGGUUCCGGGGACAGAGGGUCUCGGCGUGGGAGCUCUUGAACUCCGAGUGCUGCAGUGAGCCCCAGCGGAGGCGGCUUGUGCGGGACUAUCGGCAGCACCGGCUCUCGCUGCCGCAGGUGGCACGGCUGCUGGAGAGAGCGACGGCGAGGUGGGUGGACGUCACGCUGCCCGUGGCCUGCGCGCCGUGGGGCCGAGUCAGCGCCUACCAGCUCUGGGAGGCCCGGAUCAUCGACCAGGAGCUCCUGGACCGGGUGCUGGAGGGCACCGUGAGCCCCGAGGCGCUCCUCCGCAUGGACAGCGUGCGGCAGGCCCUGCGCGGCACCGGGGCCGUGGGCGGCGUGCUGCUGCAGCCCUCUGGCCGGAGGCUCAGCCUCUACACGGCCAUGAAGCAGCAGCUGCUGGGCCCAGGCGUGGCACUAGCCCUGCUGGAGGCCCAGGCGGCCACUGGGGCCCUUCUCGACCCCCAUGGUCCAGAGCCCCUGUCAGUGGACGAGGCCGUGCGGAGGGGGCUGGUGGGGCCGGAACUGUACAGCAGGCUGAGGCGGGCGGAGAGCGCGGUCACUGGCUGCAGAGACCCCUUUUCUGGGGAGCAGGUAUCCUUGUUCCAGGCCAUGAAGAAGGGCCUCAUCCCUGUAGAGCAGGCUGCCCGCCUCCUGGAGGCCCAGGUGGCCACAGGAGGAGUCAUUGACCCCAUAGGCCACUACCGCCUCCCCAUGCCCAUAGCCGCCCAGCGCGGCUACAUUGACCAGGAGAUAGAGACGGCCUUGUGCGGCUCCCCUGAAACUUUUCCCACGCCAGAUGGCCGGGGCCACACCAGCUAUGCCCGGCUCCUGGAGCAGUGUGUGAGGGACGAGCCUUCUGGCCUUCAUUUCCUGCCCUUGCCCGAAAACGCUGCUGCGGCCCCCACGGACGAACAGGUCCGGGAGACCCUGCAGGCCGUGCAGGGGGCUGAGGACGGCACAUCCCUCUGGGAGCUCCUGUGCUCCCACCACUUCUCGGACGAGCAGCGCCAAAGCCUCUUGGAGGACUUCAAGGUGGGAAAAACCACUACCCAGCAGCUCCGGGAGACCGUGCAGAAGUGGGUGCGGGAGGCAGAGCUCCUGGCACAGGCUCAGGUCACAGUGCCCGGCCCCCGGGGGCAGAUUCCUGCCGUCUGGCUGCUGGCUGUCGGCAUCAUCUCCCGGGAGACCCUGGCGGCACUGGCUCAGGGCACGCGAUCACCUGCCGAGGUUGCUGGGCAGCCCGCUGUGAAGGCCUGCCUCUGGGGUACGGGCUGUGUGGCCGGUGUGCUGUUGCAGCCGUCGGGGACCAAGGUCAGCAUCAGCCAGGCUGUGGCGGACGGCCUCUUGCCUGAGGGCCUGGGCCGAAGGCUGCUGGAGGCCCAGGUGGCAUCCGGCUCCCUCAUUGACCCCCUGACCAACCAGAGACUCUCUGUGCAAGGUGCCGUCAAAGCCGGCCUGGUGGGGGCGGCCCUGCAUGAGCAGCUGCGGCAAGCGGAGAGGGCCGUGGUUGGGUACGCGGAUCCCUACUCGGGAGGUUCCCUCUCACUGUGGCAGGCCAUGCAGAAGGGGCUAGUGCCCCAAAGCGAGGGCCUCCCCCUCCUACAGGUACAGUUGGCCACGGGGGGUGCCAUGGACCCUGUCCACGGGGUGCACCUGCCUGAGGCGGCGGCCUGCAGGCUUGGCCUCCUGGACCAGCAGGUCAGCCAGGGGUUAACCUCCACAGCCGAGGACAGCAAGUUCUUUUUCGACCCCAGCGCCCAGGACACGGUGACAUACAGCCAGCUCAAGGAGCGCUGUGUCCUGGACACGGACACCGGCCUGUGGCUGCUUCCGCUCGCCCAGGACAAGGUGCUGAAGGUGGACGAGCACAUGGUGGUGGCUCUGAGAGCCAUGAAGGUCCCUGUCGGCACCGGCAGGUUCAAAGGCCUCAGCGUGUCACUGUGGGACCUCCUGCACUCAGAGUACGUCGACAUCCACACACGGCGGGAGCUGGUGGCCCUUUGCCAGUCUGGGAGGGCCACGGCCCUGCGGCACGUGGCUGCGGCCGUCACUGCCCUGGUUGAGGCCUCAGAGACACAGCCCUCAAAGGUCACCUUUAGAGGACUCCGGAAGCUGGUGUCGGCCAGUGACUUGUUCAGGUCACGGCUGAUUGACAAGGAGACGCUGGAUGCGCUGACCCAGGGCACAAGGACGGUGCAGGAGGUGACAGAGAGGAGCGGUGUGAGGCAGUACCUAGAGGGAGGCAACUUCAUUGCCGGGGUCCUUGUCCAGGGCACGAGGGAGAAGAUGAGCAUCUCCGAGGCCCUGAGGAGGGGCAUCCUGCGGCCUGGCACGGCCCUGGUGCUCCUGGAGGCACAGGCAGCCACGGGCUUCAUCAUUGACCCCGUGCGUAACCAGAGGCUGACCGUGGAGGAGGCGUUCGCGGCAGGGAUGUUUGGCAGGGAGACCUACCAGAAGCUGCUGUCGGCAGAGCGUGCCGUCACCGGCUACACCGACCCGUACACGGGGGAGCAGAUCUCCCUCUUCCAGGCCAUGCAGAAGGACCUGAUCGUCCGCGACCACGGCAUCCGCCUGCUGGAGGCACAGAUCGCCACGGGCGGCAUCAUCGACCCCGUGCACAGCCACCGGCUGCCCGUGGACGUGGCCUACCGGCGCGGCUACUUCGACGAGGACAUGAACCGCGUCCUGGCGGACCCGAGCGACGACACCAAGGGCUUCUUCGACCCCAACACGCACGAGAACCUCACGUACCUGCAGCUCCUGGAGCGCUGCGUGGAGGACCCCGACACGGGGCUCUACAUGCUGCAAAUUGUGAAGAAAGGAGAAACCUAUGUUUAUAUCGACGAAGCCACAAGACAACAGCUCAAGUCCCAAACCAUAAAAAUGCAAGUGGGGAGGUUUGCCAAUCAGACAGUCUCCUUCUGGGACCUGCUGUCCUCUCCGUACUUCACAGAGGAAAGGAAACGGGAGCUCAUCCACGAGUACAGAGUCCAGAACACAUCCCUAGAGAAGCUGCUGGAGAUCAUCACCGCGGCAGUGCAAGAAACAGAGAAUCGGUACCAAGGCAUGAAGCUGACAGCCAUUGGUGGGGAGGUGACUGCCGCCGAGCUGUUCAACUCUGAAAUCCUCGAUGAAAAGACCCUGGAUGCCCUGCCUGGGGAGACAUCGGGGGUGCUGGAUCUCAGCAGGCUGGUGCAAGUGAGGCCCUAUGUGGAAGGUACCGGCUGCAUCGCGGGGGUGGUGCUACCCUCCACCCAAGAGGCAAUGAGCUUUUAUGAAGCCAGGAGGGAGGGACUCAUCCCCAUGGGGUUUGCGGCUCAGCUCCUGGAGGCCCAGGCAGCCACAGGCUUUCUCCUGGAUCCCGGCAGCUGCAAGAAGUUCUCUGUGCAGCAGGCCUUGGCUGAGGGCCUGGUGGGUGAGGACCUGCAGACGAGGCUCCUAGAGGCUGAGAAGGCCGCCCUAGGCUAUGCAGACCCAGCCACGGGAGACACAAUCUCCCUGUUCCAGGCAAUGCAGAGGAAGAUUGUCCAAAGAGAGGAAGCGCUGAGAAUGCUGGAGGUCCAGGUGGCCACGGGGGGCGUCAUCGACCCCCUGCACCACCACCGCCUCCCACUGCACGUGGCCUACAGACGCGGCUGUCUGCACCCGGACAUCUACCCGCUCAUUGCAGAUCAGAACCGCAUGAAGAAAAGGUUUGUGGAUCCAAACACUCAGGAGAGGGUCACAUACCAACAGCUGCAGGAAAGGAGCCAAAAAGGAGCAGGGACAGGCUGGGCUCUCUUCCAGCUAGUCCGUGAAAGCCAGAGCACUGCCUAUGUUGACGAGGCCACGAGGAGGGCCCUGGAGGCCGAGAAAGUGGAGGUCCCAGUUGGAAGGUACAAGGACCAGAGGCCGUCGCUGUGGGAGCUGCUCAACUCGGAGUACGUAACUCACGAGACGAAACUCCAGCUGGUGAGGGACUAUAAAAGAGACACGGCCAGGGCAAUGGACAAGGUAGUGAACAUAAUUUUAGAAUUAAUAGAGAAGAAAGAAAAAAACAAAAAGGAGCUAUGGUUCCCAGGGAUCAGAAAACACAUCACUGCUUCAGAACUCCUCCAAGCAGAUAUCCUCAGCAAAGAGGUGUUGGAGGACCUGGCCCAGGGUACCAGGACGCCGCAGGAGGUGACGGAGAUGGACUCGGUCAAGCGCUACCUGCAGGGCACGAGCUGCAUCGCGGGCGUGCUGGUGCCCGCCAAGGACGAGCCCGGGCGGCAGGAGAAGAUGAGCAUCUACCAGGCCAUGUGGAAGGGCGUCCUGCGGCCCGGCACGGCCCUGGUGCUCCUGGAGGCCCAGGCGGCCACGGGCUUCGUCAUCGACCCCGUGCGCAACCAGAGGCUGACCGUGGAGGAGGCGGUGGCCGCGGGCGUGGUGGGCGGCGAGAUCCGGGAGAAGCUGCUGUCGGCGGAGCGCGCCGUCACCGGCUACACCGACCCGUACACGGGGGAGCAGAUCUCCCUCUUCCAGGCCAUGCAGAAGGACCUGAUCGUCCGCGACCACGGCAUCCGCCUGCUGGAGGCGCAGAUCGCCACGGGCGGCAUCAUCGACCCCGUGCACAGCCACCGGCUGCCCGUGGACGUGGCCUACCGGCGCGGCUACUUCGACGAGGACAUGAACCGCGUCCUGGCGGACCCGAGCGACGACACCAAGGGCUUCUUCGACCCCAACACGCACGAGAACCUGACGUACGUGCAGCUGCUGGAGCGCUGCGUGCUCGACCCCGACACGGGGCUCUACAUGCUGCAGCUGGCCGGCCGGGGCUCCGCCGUGCACCAGCUGAGCAAGGAGCUGCGCGGCGCCCUGCGUGACGCCCGCGUGGCGCCGGGCCACGGCGUGCUCCAGGGCCAGAGCGUCUCCAUCUGGGAGCUCCUGUUCUACCGGGAGGUGCCCGAGGGCCUGCGGCAGGACCUGCUGCGCCGGUACGGGGCGGGCGCGCUGACGGUGCAGGAGGUGGGCGCGGCCCUCACCUCGCUGCUGGCCCGUGCCAGCGCCGACGGGAGCGGGAGCCCCAGCCCGGUUCCCCCGGACCCCCGCGGGGCCCUGCGUGCCGCCACCAUGGAGGUCAAGGUGGGCCGCCUGCGGGGGCCGGCGGUGCCCGUGUGGGACGUGCUGGCGUCCAGCUACGUGAGCGGCGCCACGCGGGAGCAGCUGCUGGCCGGCUUCGGCUCGGGGACGCUGGGCUUGCCGGCGCUGACCCGCAGGCUGACCACCAUCGUCGAGGAGGCGGAGGCGGCCGGCGGGCCCGAUCGCGGGCCGGAGGAGGCCGCCCGCGGGCCGCAGGAGGGCCGGCCAGCUGGGCGAGGUGGCGGGGACGGCGACGGGGGGCCCUCCCCGGGCCCGGCCCCCGCCGAGCCCACCGCCGGCGGCCCCCAGGAGCAGGCCCUGCGUGCCGUCCCCAUGGAGGUGCGCGUCGGCCAGUUCCGGGGGCGGCGGCCCUCCGUGUGGGACGUCCUCUUCUCCUCCUACCUGAGCCGGGCCCGCCGGGACGAGCUCCUGGCCCAGCACGCGGCCGGCGCCCUGGCCGUGCCGGCCCUGGUCGCCAUCCUCACCCAGGCCAUCGAGGAGGCGGAGGAGCGGCUGAGCAAGGUGUCCUUCCCGGGCCUGAGGCGCCAGGUGUCCGCCUCCGAGCUGCACACGUCCGGGAUCCUGGGCCCCGAGACCCUGCGGGACCUGGCCCAGGGCACCAGGACGCCGCAGGAGGUGACGGAGAUGGACUCGGUCAAGCGCUACCUGCAGGGCACGAGCUGCAUCGCGGGCGUGCUGGUGCCCGCCAAGGACGAGCCCGGGCGGCAGGAGAAGAUGAGCAUCUACCAGGCCAUGUGGAAGGGCGUCCUGCGGCCCGGCACGGCCCUGGUGCUCCUGGAGGCCCAGGCGGCCACGGGCUUCGUCAUCGACCCCGUGCGCAACCAGAGGCUGACCGUGGAGGAGGCGGUGGCCGCGGGCGUGGUGGGCGGCGAGAUCCGGGAGAAGCUGCUGUCGGCGGAGCGCGCCGUCACCGGCUACACCGACCCGUACACGGGGGAGCAGAUCUCCCUCUUCCAGGCCAUGCAGAAGGACCUGAUCGUCCGCGACCACGGCAUCCGCCUGCUGGAGGCGCAGAUCGCCACGGGCGGCAUCAUCGACCCCGUGCACAGCCACCGGCUGCCCGUGGACGUGGCCUACCGGCGCGGCUACUUCGACGAGGACAUGAACCGCGUCCUGGCGGACCCGAGCGACGACACCAAGGGCUUCUUCGACCCCAACACGCACGAGAACCUGACGUACGUGCAGCUGCUGGAGCGCUGCGUGCUCGACCCCGACACGGGGCUCUACAUGCUGCAGCUGGCCGGCCGGGGCUCCGCCGUGCACCAGCUGAGCGAGGAGCUGCGCGGCGCCCUGCGUGACGCCCGCGUGGCGCCGGGCCACGGCGUGCUCCAGGGCCAGAGCGUCUCCAUCUGGGAGCUCCUGUUCUACCGGGAGGUGCCCGAGGGCCUGCGGCAGGACCUGCUGCGCCGGUACGGGGCGGGCGCGCUGACGGUGCAGGAGGUGGGCGCGGCCCUCACCUCGCUGCUGGCCCGUGCCAGCGCCGACGGGAGCGGGAGCCCCAGCCCGGUUCCCCCGGACCCCCGCGGGGCCCUGCGUGCCGCCACCAUGGAGGUCAAGGUGGGCCGCCUGCGGGGGCCGGCGGUGCCCGUGUGGGACGUGCUGGCGUCCAGCUACGUGAGCGGCGCCACGCGGGAGCAGCUGCUGGCCGGCUUCGGCUCGGGGACGCUGGGCUUGCCGGCGCUGACCCGCAGGCUGACCACCAUCGUCGAGGAGGCGGAGGCGGCCGGCGGGCCCGAUCGCGGGCCGGAGGAGGCCGCCCGCGGGCCGCAGGAGGGCCGGCCAGCCGGGCGAGGUGGCGGGGACGGCGACGGGGGGCCCUCCCCGGGCCCGGCCCCCGCCGAGCCCACCGCCGGCGGCCCCCAGGAGCAGGCCCUGCGUGCCGUCCCCAUGGAGGUGCGCGUCGGCCAGUUCCGGGGGCGGCGGCCCUCCGUGUGGGACGUCCUCUUCUCCUCCUACCUGAGCCGGGCCCGCCGGGACGAGCUCCUGGCCCAGCACGCGGCCGGCGCCCUGGCCGUGCCGGCCCUGGUCGCCGUCCUCACCCAGGCCAUCGAGGAGGCGGAGGAGCGGCUGAGCAAGGUGUCCUUCCCGGGCCUGAGGCGCCAGGUGUCCGCCUCCGAGCUGCACACGUCCGGGAUCCUGGGCCCCGAGACCCUGCGGGACCUGGCCCAGGGCACCAGGACGCCGCAGGAGGUGACGGAGAUGGACUCGGUCAAGCGCUACCUGCAGGGCACGAGCUGCAUCGCGGGCGUGCUGGUGCCCGCCAAGGACGAGCCCGGGCGGCAGGAGAAGAUGAGCAUCUACCAGGCCAUGUGGAAGGGCGUCCUGCGGCCCGGCACGGCCCUGGUGCUCCUGGAGGCCCAGGCGGCCACGGGCUUCGUCAUCGACCCCGUGCGCAACCAGAGGCUGACCGUGGAGGAGGCGGUGGCCGCGGGCGUGGUGGGCGGCGAGAUCCGGGAGAAGCUGCUGUCGGCGGAGCGCGCCGUCACCGGCUACACCGACCCGUACACGGGGGAGCAGAUCUCCCUCUUCCAGGCCAUGCAGAAGGACCUGAUCGUCCGCGACCACGGCAUCCGCCUGCUGGAGGCGCAGAUCGCCACGGGCGGCAUCAUCGACCCCGUGCACAGCCACCGGCUGCCCGUGGACGUGGCCUACCGGCGCGGCUACUUCGACGAGGACAUGAACCGCGUCCUGGCGGACCCGAGCGACGACACCAAGGGCUUCUUCGACCCCAACACGCACGAGAACCUGACGUACGUGCAGCUGCUGGAGCGCUGCGUGCUCGACCCCGACACGGGGCUCUACAUGCUGCAGCUGGCCGGCCGGGGCUCCGCCGUGCACCAGCUGAGCGAGGAGCUGCGCGGCGCCCUGCGUGACGCCCGCGUGGCGCCGGGCCACGGCGUGCUCCAGGGCCAGAGCGUCUCCAUCUGGGAGCUCCUGUUCUACCGGGAGGUGCCCGAGGGCCUGCGGCAGGACCUGCUGCGCCGGUACGGGGCGGGCGCGCUGACGGUGCAGGAGGUGGGCGCGGCCCUCACCUCGCUGCUGGCCCGUGCCAGCGCCGACGGGAGCGGGAGCCCCAGCCCGGUUCCCCCGGACCCCCGCGGGGCCCUGCGUGCCGCCACCAUGGAGGUCAAGGUGGGCCGCCUGCGGGGGCCGGCGGUGCCCGUGUGGGACGUGCUGGCGUCCAGCUACGUGAGCGGCGCCACGCGGGAGCAGCUGCUGGCCGGCUUCGGCUCGGGGACGCUGGGCUUGCCGGCGCUGACCCGCAGGCUGACCACCAUCGUCGAGGAGGCGGAGGCGGCCGGCGGGCCCGAUCGCGGGCCGGAGGAGGCCGCCCGCGGGCCGCAGGAGGGCCGGCCAGCCGGGCGAGGUGGCGGGGACGGCGACGGGGGGCCCUCCCCGGGCCCGGCCCCCGCCGAGCCCACCGCCGGCGGCCCCCAGGAGCAGGCCCUGCGUGCCGUCCCCAUGGAGGUGCGCGUCGGCCAGUUCCGGGGGCGGCGGCCCUCCGUGUGGGACGUCCUCUUCUCCUCCUACCUGAGCCGGGCCCGCCGGGACGAGCUCCUGGCCCAGCACGCGGCCGGCGCCCUGGCCGUGCCGGCCCUGGUCGCCGUCCUCACCCAGGCCAUCGAGGAGGCGGAGGAGCGGCUGAGCAAGGUGUCCUUCCCGGGCCUGAGGCGCCAGGUGUCCGCCUCCGAGCUGCACACGUCCGGGAUCCUGGGCCCCGAGACCCUGCGGGACCUGGCCCAGGGCACCAGGACGCCGCAGGAGGUGACGGAGAUGGACUCGGUCAAGCGCUACCUGCAGGGCACGAGCUGCAUCGCGGGCGUGCUGGUGCCCGCCAAGGACGAGCCCGGGCGGCAGGAGAAGAUGAGCAUCUACCAGGCCAUGUGGAAGGGCGUCCUGCGGCCCGGCACGGCCCUGGUGCUCCUGGAGGCCCAGGCGGCCACGGGCUUCGUCAUCGACCCCGUGCGCAACCAGAGGCUGACCGUGGAGGAGGCGGUGGCCGCGGGCGUGGUGGGCGGCGAGAUCCGGGAGAAGCUGCUGUCGGCGGAGCGCGCCGUCACCGGCUACACCGACCCGUACACGGGGGAGCAGAUCUCCCUCUUCCAGGCCAUGCAGAAGGACCUGAUCGUCCGCGACCACGGCAUCCGCCUGCUGGAGGCGCAGAUCGCCACGGGCGGCAUCAUCGACCCCGUGCACAGCCACCGGCUGCCCGUGGACGUGGCCUACCGGCGCGGCUACUUCGACGAGGACAUGAACCGCGUCCUGGCGGACCCGAGCGACGACACCAAGGGCUUCUUCGACCCCAACACGCACGAGAACCUGACGUACGUGCAGCUGCUGGAGCGCUGCGUGCUCGACCCCGACACGGGGCUCUACAUGCUGCAGCUGGCCGGCCGGGGCUCCGCCGUGCACCAGCUGAGCGAGGAGCUGCGCGGCGCCCUGCGUGACGCCCGCGUGGCGCCGGGCCACGGCGUGCUCCAGGGCCAGAGCGUCUCCAUCUGGGAGCUCCUGUUCUACCGGGAGGUGCCCGAGGGCCUGCGGCAGGACCUGCUGCGCCGGUACGGGGCGGGCGCGCUGACGGUGCAGGAGGUGGGCGCGGCCCUCACCUCGCUGCUGGCCCGUGCCAGCGCCGACGGGAGCGGGAGCCCCAGCCCGGUUCCCCCGGACCCCCGCGGGGCCCUGCGUGCCGCCACCAUGGAGGUCAAGGUGGGCCGCCUGCGGGGGCCGGCGGUGCCCGUGUGGGACGUGCUGGCGUCCAGCUACGUGAGCGGCGCCACGCGGGAGCAGCUGCUGGCCGGCUUCGGCUCGGGGACGCUGGGCUUGCCGGCGCUGACCCGCAGGCUGACCACCAUCGUCGAGGAGGCGGAGGCGGCCGGCGGGCCCGAUCGCGGGCCGGAGGAGGCCGCCCGCGGGCCGCAGGAGGGCCGGCCAGCCGGGCGAGGUGGCGGGGACGGCGACGGGGGGCCCUCCCCGGGCCCGGCCCCCGCCGAGCCCACUGCCGGCGGCCCCCAGGAGCAGGCCCUGCGUGCCGUCCCCAUGGAGGUGCGCGUCGGCCAGUUCCGGGGGCGGCGGCCCUCCGUGUGGGACGUCCUCUUCUCCUCCUACCUGAGCCGGGCCCGCCGGGACGAGCUCCUGGCCCAGCACGCGGCCGGCGCCCUGGCCGUGCCGGCCCUGGUCGCCGUCCUCACCCAGGCCAUCGAGGAGGCGGAGGAGCGGCUGAGCAAGGUGUCCUUCCCGGGCCUGAGGCGCCAGGUGUCCGCCUCCGAGCUGCACACGUCCGGGAUCCUGGGCCCCGAGACCCUGCGGGACCUGGCCCAGGGCACCAGGACGCCGCAGGAGGUGACGGAGAUGGACUCGGUCAAGCGCUACCUGCAGGGCACGAGCUGCAUCGCGGGCGUGCUGGUGCCCGCCAAGGACGAGCCCGGGCGGCAGGAGAAGAUGAGCAUCUACCAGGCCAUGUGGAAGGGCGUCCUGCGGCCCGGCACGGCCCUGGUGCUCCUGGAGGCCCAGGCGGCCACGGGCUUCGUCAUCGACCCCGUGCGCAACCAGAGGCUGACCGUGGAGGAGGCGGUGGCCGCGGGCGUGGUGGGCGGCGAGAUCCGGGAGAAGCUGCUGUCGGCGGAGCGCGCCGUCACCGGCUACACCGACCCGUACACGGGGGAGCAGAUCUCCCUCUUCCAGGCCAUGCAGAAGGACCUGAUCGUCCGCGACCACGGCAUCCGCCUGCUGGAGGCGCAGAUCGCCACGGGCGGCAUCAUCGACCCCGUGCACAGCCACCGGCUGCCCGUGGACGUGGCCUACCGGCGCGGCUACUUCGACGAGGACAUGAACCGCGUCCUGGCGGACCCGAGCGACGACACCAAGGGCUUCUUCGACCCCAACACGCACGAGAACCUGACGUACGUGCAGCUUCUCAAGAGAGCUACUCUUGACCCAGAGACCGGGCUGCUAUUUCUGUCUCUUAGUUGAGUUAGGAUGGUUUUCCUUUGUAUUGUGUGGUUUAUGGCCAUAAUGCUGUAUUUCCACAAUGUCCAAAAUUCCCAAUCUUUUUUGGUUCAUGUGUCUCCCUUGUUUUCUGUGUCUGUUGACAAAGCAAUCACUUCCAGUCUCUCCAGUGUCCUCGUGUUUUCCAUCCCGUGGUAAUAGGAGCACAGGCUCCUUCUCGCUAUUUACAUGUAGGUGCCUGCAGUGUCUACCUGUGAAAUUUUAGUCAGUGUAUCGGUGUAGAUAUUGUAAACUUUUCUGAUAAACUUUGUUGCAGCUUCCGCUCUCUGCUCAAAAGGGAGCUUGCUUCCUCCUCUCUCUGCCUGCCUCUCUGCCUACUUG